AUGACGAGCGAAAUCGCAUCUAUGCUCGAUGAGCUUAUGGGCCGGAACCGAAAUGAUACUACCGGCAAAGCUACUGCUAAACUGGAAGUAAAUGAUCCGGAUGUCUGUCAGUUCUAUUUGUGCGGAUUUUGCCCAAACGAAUUGUUUGUUAAUACCAAAGCUGAUCUUGGUCCUUGCAAAAAGAUCCACGACGAAAACCUGCGUCGCGAAUACCAGGCCUCGGACAACGUCUUCAAAAUGGGCUUCGAAGAAAAGUUCUUCGAUUUCUUGCAAGAGUGCAUGAUUGAGGUAGAACGGAAAAUAAAGCGAAAUAAGCAACGCCUAGAUCAAAAUCAAGAUGAGGAUGCGCCAAUUAAUGCCGAAACUGCCGAACAUGCGAACAAGCUUUCGCUGCUGUCAAUUGAAAUCACAAACUUGCUCGUCGAGGUGGAGCGUCUCGGUGAACUUGGAGAAGUGCAGCAAGCAAUGGCCAAAACCGAAGAAGUUGAAAAGUUGAAGGAGGAGCGCGAACGAAUCCGACUUGCGACGAAAGUGAAUGCGAACCCAGACCAAGCAUAUCACGGCCAACAAGAGAAGCAAAUGGAAGUCUGCGAGAUUUGCGGCAGCUUCCUAAUUGUUGGCGAUGUAAAGUCGAGAGUGGACGACCACCUGACGGGAAAACAGCACAUGGGAAACGCGGCGAAAGAGGAGAUCGAAGCUCCCCAAACAGGACGAGCGAACGCCGUGACGACCGGGAACGAAGAGUGUCGCGUGAACGAUCUCCUCGACGUGAACCUCGUCGUGAUGAACGACGAUACUCGAGGGACGACCGGCGACGUCGUAGCCGAGAAAGAGACGAUCGGAGGCGACGAGACGAUCGAGACAGACGAGAUCGAAGACGUCGAUCCAGGUCACGAUCAGGUCAUCGCGACGAUAGACGAAAGCCCGGCCGUUAUCAGCGACGAUAGAAGAAGAGAUUUGCCGAAAUCCUGA